GCUUCCUGUGUGAACACAUUCUCCUUCCGUAGUUUCCUGUGUCGAGCGCCUGUGGAGGUAAUGGGGAAAAAGAAGGCAUCGAGUGGACUGGGGAGAGCCCUGAUUAAAGAACGAGCCCAGAGCCAGAGGGGGCUGCGAGGUAAAGACUCCUGGCUCCACACUAGUGAACUAAAUGAUGGGUAUGAUUGGGGCAGACUGAAUCUCCAGUCUGUGACAGAACAAAGCUCUAUCGAUGACUUUCUUGCCACAGCAGAGUUGGCAGGAACAGAGUUUGUUGCAGAAAAACUCAAUAUUAAGUUUGUUCCCGCUGAAGCCAGGACUGGAUUGCUAACAUUGGAGGAAUCUAGCAGAAUCCAUAAACUUCACGAAGAAAAUAAGCAGUUUUUGUGUAUCCCAAGAAGACCACACUGGGAUAGAGGUACCAGUGCUGAAGUCCUGAAGCAGUCUGAGCGGGAUAACUUUUUGGAGUGGAGACGCCAGCUCGCUACACUUGAAGAAGAAAAGAAACUAAUUCUUACACCAUUUGAACGUAAUCUAGAUUUCUGGCGUCAGCUCUGGAGAGUCAUAGAAAGGAGUGAUGUAGUCGUGCAGAUUGUGGAUGCCAGAAACCCACUCUUAUUCAGAUGCCAGGAUUUGGAAAGAUAUGUCAAAGAAGUAAAUUCACAAAAAGAAAAUAUAAUCCUAAUAAACAAGGCGGACUUGUUGAGUGAAGGCCAGCGGCAGGCAUGGGCAGCCUACUUUGAGAAAGAAGGUAUUAAAGUCGUGUUCUGGUCCGCUCUAGCUGAGGCACAAAGACUUUCAGAAGAAGCCAGGCAAAGUGAUGAAGAGGACGUGGAUGCACAGAAUGAAAUUGCGACUUCAGAUGAAGAAAACAGUGAAAAUGAUGAGGAUCUCAGCGAAGCAGAAACUGCUCCUGACGGAGACCAUGAGGCUAGCGACUCCGACACAAGCGAUGAAUAUGAAGAUUGUGAGGAUGAUGAAGGCUGGCAGACAUGCUCUGAAGAUGCCGAGGAAGAAAGAGUUAUACCAGAGCAUGAUUCUGAAAGGACUGAACAAAAAGUUGUCAGAAAUGAAAGCCACUUAGUGCAAGGAGAUGAACUCCUGGAAAUUUUCAAAUCAAUACAUACAGGAAACAGGAUUAGAGAGGAACAGAUCACUGUUGGUCUGGUUGGUUAUCCCAAUGUCGGUAAGAGUUCAACAAUCAACACUAUUCUGGGAAACAAGAAGGUUUCUGUAUCCGCAACUCCUGGCCACACCAAGCACUUUCAGACACUGUUCGUCGAGCCUGGUCUGUGUCUCUGUGAUUGCCCUGGCCUUGUGAUGCCUUCAUUUGUUUCCACAAAAGCAGAGAUGAUAUGCAGCGGCAUCCUACCAAUUGAUCAGAUGAGAGACCAUGUACCACCAAUCUCUCUCAUCGCACAGCGAAUUCCGCGGUACGUGGUAGAAUCCAUUUAUGGUAUAAACAUCAUCAGGCCUCGGGAAGAUGAGGAUCAGGAUCGUGCACCCACAUCAGAAGAACUGUUAGCUGCAUAUGGAUAUAUGAGAGGUUUUAUGACUGCGCAUGGGCAGCCUGAUCAGCCAAGGUCGGCACGGUAUAUAUUGAAGGACUAUGUCAAUGGUAAACUGCUGUAUUGUCAUCCUCCACCUGGUAUAGAUCCUUCAGACUUCCAGCCUCAAAAUUCCCUCGAAACAAAUGUGUUAGAUGGCAUGGCAGAGGCAAAGGGUCAUGGCCGCAGGAAAGUCAAACAUAUCGAGAAUGUGGUGGACAAAACCUUUUUUCAUCAGGAAAACGUCAGAGCUCUGACCAAAGGUGUGCAGUCUGUAAUGGGCUACAAGCCUGGCAGCGGUCCUGUUCCAUUAACUACAACCAGCGCAGAGACGCUUUCAGGAAAGCCCUGGAAAAAGCAUGGAAACCGGAAUAAGAAAGAGAAAGUGCGCAGACUUAAUAAGCACUUGGAUGCAUGAAUAUGAAAUCAAGGACUGCUGAAACCUAGAACAGCGCUGUACAUUUUAAAAAUAUGAACACAAUCCGAUUUUUAAUAUUCCAAAUUCUAUUCCCCAAUUGCAGAUGUGCAAUCCUGUCAUGUCAGUAACUGCUGUGUGCAAUAAACUCGACCACCAUUCCAGGGGCCAAAUAAUU